UGUAUGGUUGUGAGCCUGCAUAUGGAUGUUGGGAAUAGAACCAGGGUCCAAUUCACAAGCAGUCAGUGCUUUUAGCCACUGUGCCAUCUCUCCAGAUCUCCAAUUUUGUUUAAAAUCAAUAAUCCCUUUAAUAAAAGGCUUGAAUUGAAGUUAUUUUUGCUUUUUAAUAAGGUCUUACCAUGUAGCUUUGUCUGGCCUUGAACUCACAGAGAUCUACCUGCUUUGACCUCCUGGGUGCUGGGAUAAAAGACAGUGCCAUGUCUUGCAGCUCCAAACUGACGCUUUUUAGUUUGACAAUUUGGUUUUUUGUUUCCGUUUUCCCCUGGUUUGCCUACCUUGUGAAAAUGAGUUUUCACUUUUUCAGUUCAUUGGCAGCACUUGCUCUUUUCCUGUAAAACACACUGGUGUCCUGAGUCCUGGCCGCCAAAGCCUGGGCUGGCAGAGCAGACGUCAAGCACCUGCAAUGGUUAUUAGGUGAAGGGACAGAGAGUCCUGGAAACACUUGAGUCCCUGGAGGGAGCCAUGUAGGUAUCUGAAGAAAGUGUUCCAUACGCAGGGCCUCACCCCUGUACAAAUCUUGGUGUCUAAUGUUCCUUGGACUUUUGGUUCAGUGUGGCUGGGGGGAGGGGCGCAGUGGGAAGGGGGCAGGAAUAAACAUUCUAAAAGUAAUAUGGUCAUUCAUAUAAGCCAUUAAAAGGGCAUUGACCCACAUUCUGAAUGAAAUAAGAAUUUCACUGAAAGGUUUGGAGCAAAAGAGACAGAGGUUCUGGAUUCAGGUUGGUUUGGUUGCUGUGGUCGAGAGUUGCAGAGGUGAGAUGGUAAUUAAUCAGAUGGUCCCUGCUGUAGCCCCCGAGGGAAGGUGGAGCAGAUCUGGAUGUUAGCAUUGGAGAUAGUAGAAAGUGGUCAUGUUGACCAUGUCCCAGCAGAACCCAAACUGGUGUCUUCUGUCUGACAGAAGUAGUAUUGCUCAUACAUUGGACGUACUAAGAGUUCAGUUUUCAGUGCUGACUGUGUAACUUGGUGUUCGGUAGACUCCCUGUCAGGGACUUUGCUCUUUCUAGGUUUUCCUCUGGUGACGCACAAAAGCUGCCCUGCUUCUUAACACAUCGUUUAAGAAGCCUUUGAGGCCUGUGCUUUCCUGGCCUUAACUUAGCUCUUCGCAGAGCUCAGAAAGCACACUGUCCCUUCCUCCAAACUUCUUGUUUUAUUGUUUCACCUGAAGCUGUGGUGGGAAAGAGGUACUGGCUAUAACAGCUUAACGUGGGAAUAUUGGUUUGUUUUGUUUUGUUUUUUGUUUUGUGAUGAGGCAGGCCAUCUUGAUUAAAAUUAGAUUGGGGGAGGGGUUCAGGAAUAAGAGACAGUCUUUAUUACAUAAUAUGAAAAAUAAAAUUUUUAUGUUAGUGAAAAGUUGAGGGAUCAUUAAAAAAUAUAAAAUGGCCAGCAAGAUAGGUCGGUAAGGAAAGGUACUUGUUGCCAAGCCUGACCCUGAGUUUAACCCUCAGUACUUCUAGGCUUGAAAGAGAAAGAUAACUUCUGCAAGCUGUCCUCUCACAGCGGUACACCACACACACACAUAUACACUUUUCAUUACUAGAUCAUUUGGGUCAAAGUUUGAGCUUAGGUUUUCCUUUCAUUUAGCAUAACUAAAUUGUAAUUCACCUAACAAGCGAUUUUUUUAAAAGCCACAAUGUUCCUACCACAGGAGAGGAUUAAUUAUUUGGUACUUUAAAUAUGUAGUAUAGUCUCGUUAAUUCAAAGAUUUUAAAUGUCUGCCAUAUGAUGUUAUGCUGUCCAGGGUUCACAAUCUUCAAAGACAACAGAGGGUAAAUGUGUCUAGUCUAACACUAUUAGCUAAGGAAAAUGGGGCCCCAUUCAGAUACUUGACUUAACCCAGACCAUGUGGCUUAUAGUAGUCGAACCAAGUCUGUGCUGUUGGUUUUACACCGGCUACUAAGACUUUAGAGCCCUUAGUUGCCCUGUUGGUUGGAAGGAUGUGUGGGUACAGUGGAGGCUUGAGAGUAAAGAGUGAAAAUUUGCAAAAAGGUUCAUGGGCCACAUUUAAAUUAGGUGUUAUAAAAUGUGAUACUGAGGACAGAGUCACUGUCUUCAUUGUGUCACAAUAUGUUACAGAUGUUACAAAACUCUCUGUCAAAUCAGUUAUUAGAUGAGUAAUUUUAGAUUUAAUCAGAAAUUGUUGUUUUUGUAAUAAACAAAUUUCUUUUAAAUCUAGGAAAUAAUGUGAGUGAAAAAACAUUUGACAAGAAAAGUAGCCUUACAUUAACAAACUCAUGUUCAAGGGCACAAAUAAAACAACUCUCUAUCGUGUGAUUGUAACUGUAAGCAACCUUCCAUGGAUCCUGAUAGAUGCAUUAUAAUAGACUUUUUACUAAUGUUUUUACUUCUUCUUUGAAUAUUGGUGGACUCCUUAGGGAAGGCUAACUUGGUGUUUAUUACAUGGACUGAAAGUCUGUAGACUCUCAAUCCUCCUCCGCACUAACACGCAGUACCGGGACUCCUCUCUUAAUCUUCUUGGACAAACAGUGAAGUCUCUUGGCUGUAACUCUGCUACCCAAGUGCUGGAAAGGCCCAGCCCAGCUUAGCGGAAGAGAAGGUGUGGGACAGGUGGAUUCGGAUGGUGUGGCCCAGAUUCUUGGCUUUGCUUCUCAGUCCUAGGUCGGACCUGACAUUUGAUUGUCUUAAUGUGAUAACCAGCACUUUUAGUUGUCACUUUCCAUGUUUUCCUAUCCGUCUUAUCCAUUUCCUGUUCUCAGGAGCUCCAGGGUGUUGUGGAUAAACCUGUCUUGCAUCAGCAGACAGUAGUUACACCUUAGCUGAGUGUCCCCGCUUCCACUCAUCAUCCCUGUGAUCGUGGUCCAUCUCCGCUCCUGGCAGCCUCUCUUCUCUGCCCCUUUUCUCCUUCCUUCCCAGUCUCUCCUGAGAUCCUCAGUUCCCACCUCUCUUUCUACCUCCCAAUCACAGGCUCUAGGCUUUUUAGCCAACUGAUUUUAAUUAGGGAGCUAGGUUCAUACAACAAAGGCAUAGGGAUUUGCUCAACUUGGGGCAACCAGAUCUUGCGGUACAGAAUUUAUCAUUUGAUGCAUAACAGCACCAGAACAAUCCCCAACAAGCUGUCCUUCUACAUCUCAGAAUCAGCAUCCAGACAGGACCUGAGUUCUUCCCUUCUUCAUUCCCCUGACUCCAGCCAGUAGCUUUGCUUCUCUUUGUUUUAGAAAUUUUCUAAGAUUUAUAUCUGUGCAGUCACCAGCUUUCAAGUUUUCUGAGCUCAGGAUCCCAUCACACCCUUCAAAAUUAAGGAACUUAACAUGAAGGUCUUGAUAGUGUUGUGAAAACAACUUUAACUUUAACUUUAACUUUAGGUGGGUCCCUUGCACUAUCUCAAGUACUGUAAGUCUGUAGAGGUUGGGGGGGGGGCACAGCUGACAACCUCUAUGUGGUUGGGAGUCACCCCUGCUGUGCUGCACUGUCUCAGACCUUGUAAGACAAGGUCUCCAAUUUCCUUUUCCCGUAUCAGUCGCUGCAUCAGCCCCCACUUAUCUCUUUCUAUUUGUCUGUCUGUCUGUCUAUCAUCUAUUCAUUCACUUUGUUUUGUUUUUUUGUUUGUUUUGAGAUAGGGGUGCCACUAUGUAGCCCUAGCUGCCUGGAACUCACUACAUAGACCCAGGUUAGGCUCAAACUCUGAUUUCACCUGGCUCUGCCUCCCCAGUGCUGGGAUUAAAAGCAUAUGCCUCUCUCUCUCUCUCUCUCUCUCUCUCUCUCUCUCACACACACACACACACACACACACACACACACACACACAUAUCCUUAAUGACAUCCUUAGUCAUUAAGCAUCAAAAUAAUUCUCCAUCCUGCCAUCCUCUUUUCUUCUCUGAAACUUGUUCAAGAAUUAGCUUGCUUCUGCUGUUUCUCCUGUCAUUUAAAGUCUGGCUGUUCCCUAGCUCUGAGUUUCUUUUGCAGUACUGGUGGCACGCUUGAUCCAGCACUUAUGUCUUAGCACAUGCCGCAGCUGACUACUCUUGUACCUAAUUGAUCUUUUCUAGAACCUCUGCUGCUAUGUCCCUGUCUUACCUGUGUCUCUAAGCUGAUACCCUGCCUUGCUGACCUUGCCUCUGCUCACUUUUUAAUGUUCUUAGCUUCAUCAUCUUUGCAGUGCAUGCUGGCACUCACUGGGCUGACUGUUCCAGAUAAUUGCAUUUCUAUCUGUAGUCCCAAAGCUUGUCCUGAGGUCCAGUAUCCCCGCUUCUACGUGGUAGUGACGGCUCCUUUACAUAUUUGAAACUGAUGUAUUUUACUUCGUGGAAACCAACACCCCCAAUUGUCUUCCCUCUCAGAACUUGAACAGACAUUAACAUGCAGUGGGUAUACAGCAUAUGGUGGAAACAGCCACGGAUACCUGUGUAAUAAACUAACAUAAAUAUAGAUUAGGAUAAAUGCUGGUCCUGUGAGGCAUGGGAGAGUACUUAUGGUCUUCCAGGAAGUCUCUCUAAGGAGCUCACAUCUCACUUGAAUCCUGAAGACUAUGAAGACCAGAGUGGAAGCAUUUCAUCGAGAGAGAAGAGCAGCAUUACUAUGGACUUCUUAGCCGAUCAAAGUAAAGGUAAAAUGGAGGUCCAUUGAAUUGGCGACCUCACCAUGUCUUCAGAUCAGAAAAGGGAGUUAAGGUUCUAUUUCGCUUGCACUGAGAGGCUAUAGAACUAUUUUCAGCAGGUUGUGACCAAGUCUGUUUUCCAUUUCUGCAGUACUCUCCAGGCAGUACAGAUGACUAAGGGGUAAGAAGAUGAGCAGCUGGGCAGUGUGGCUGGAAGCCUUUAUCAGUCCUGCAGGGGACAGGGCAAGCUGUCUGAACUAUAAGUUGAUGAGAUACAGGACACAUUUGAGAUAUGUUUUGGAGCCCUGAGCCAAAAGGAAGGAAGAAGCCUAAAAGAUGAGUCAGAGUUUCUUCAGAAAGGGCAAGCAUGUGUUUCAGGCAGAAGGAGCAUUAUGUACAAAGGCGUGGUGGAACAUACCUGUGAUCCCAGCACUUGAGAGGUGGAGACAGGAAUGUCUGAAGACCUGGAAGAAUCUCACCAGUGGGACUGAAGUCACUGUGCAGGGCCACAAGAGAACUUCAGAUUCGGUGUCUGGUCUGUAUUUGGGGAUUUCUUGGUUACAGUCAGUAAUGGAAAUUGUGGGAGUAGACAAAAUUAUUAGGGGUAAGUAAAAUUCUGCAUACUACCAGAAAGAACAUACAGAGAGGAAAAAGCCUAAUCCCAAGGCCAAGGCCUGGGAAAUGUGGUGUUUAAGAGGAACUGCAGUGACAUGGAGGAUAAACUGGCUAACAUGCAACAAAAGACCAGAAUGCAGGAGGCCAGUGAGCAUGGAGAGAGUGAGCUGCUGCAGCCAGGGAUUGAUAGUGAACUCAUCUGCAGAGACUGCACUGAGAAAGCUGGGCUGUAGCAUAGAGAUGGCUGGGAUAGGGCUGAGAGGCCAGGAGACAGGGUGUGGGGUGGACUUCUUAGUGGAAUCACUGAUUUUUUAAAAACUAUGUGAAACAGUUAAAUGCUGGAAGAAAGGGUAAAGGAGAGACAUGGGAGGAAGCUCUGGAUCAUCAGCCUUUUGUUUUUCCGUGUUUUUUGUCUGUAGAAACUUCAGAGGCAACUCUUGUUUCGUCUAUAUCAAGCAUGCUCCAUUUACAUAUAGUAAUCAAGCUUUAACUUCAUUUUAUAAAUACCAUUUGAAAAUAGCUCUUCCUCUCCCUAGGAAAGUAGCUUUGAUUAGGCCAGUUACAUCUCUACUGUGCUCUUAAAAGAGUCUUCCUAUUUUCAUCCUUUACAAAAGAAGCAAACUUUAUAGUUGUGCAAGAACCAGAGCUUCCUCAGGCUCACACAGGUCUGUGUAGCAUGUGCCUCUUCUUUUCCCUUUUGCCUGUUCACACUUCUUUCUGCCUCUAACCAGCCCUUCAGCUGCAUUAAAUUUCCCUUUGAUCCACCAGCGUUUCCUGCUCCUAUAGCCCUGCUCCCUUCAGUACUGAUGCUCGGCAUGCUUGAACAUUAUUUGCCUACCCUUGUUUCCCAGCCAAAUGCCCUGCCAUAUUCCUCCUCCAGGUCAUCUGUUAAUGUUUGACUUAGGCAGAGGUUUGUGUUUAGUGAAUCAGAGGGAUCUGCAUUAGAGCAGUUUGAAGGUGGCCCCUGUGCUGUUAUUGCACCUGUCCAGGCGUUUCUUUUGAAGAAGCUUCUGUUCUCCUCCGAGAAGUCGUCCUGGCGGGAUUGCUCAGAGGAAGAGCAGAAGGAGCUCCUUUGUCACACCUUGUGUGAUAUUGUAGAGAGUGCUUAUGACAGCUCUGGAUCAUACUGCUUGGUUUCAUGGUUGAGAGGAAGGACCCCCGAGGAAGCGGCUAGGAUUUCUGGGAGUCCUGCACAGUCUAGUUGCCAAGUGGAACAUUCUUCUGCCUUGGCUGUCGAAGAGCUUGGCUUUGAGCGAUUUCAUGCAUUAAUUCAAAAAAGAUCAUUCAGAACUGUAUCAGAAUUAAAAGAUGCUGUCUUGGACCAGUAUUCAAUGUGGGGAAACAAAUUUGGAGUCUUGCUUUUUCUCUAUUCUGUAUUACUGACAAAGGGCAUUGAAAACAUAAAGAAUUCAAUUGAAGAUGCAAAUGAGCCUUUGAUAGACCCUGUGUACGGGCAUGGCAGCCAAAGCUUAAUUAACCUCCUACUGACGGGGCAUGCAGUAUCUAAUGUAUGGGAUGGUGAUAGAGAGUGCUCAGGAAUGCAACUUCUCGGUAUCCAUGAACAAGCAGCUGUAGGAUUCUUAACACUAAUGGAAGCUUUACGAUAUUGUAAGGUUGGUUCUUACUUGAAAUCUCCAAAAUUCCCUAUUUGGAUUGUUGGCAGCGAAACUCACCUCACCGUAUUUUUUGCCAAGGAUAUGGCUUUAGUUGCCCCUGAAGCGCCUUCGGAACAAGCCAGAAGAGUUUUCCAAACCUAUGAUCCGGAAGAUAAUGGAUUCAUAGCUGACUCCCUUCUAGAAGAUGUCAUGAAAGCCUUGGACCUUGUUUCAGAUCCCGAGUAUAUAAAUCUCAUGAAGAAUAAAUUAGAUCCAGAAGGACUAGGAAUCAUAUUGUUGGGUCCAUUUCUUCAAGAAUUUUUUCCUGAUCAGGGCUCCAGUGGUCCAGAAUCUUUUACUGUCUACCACUACAAUGGAUUGAAGCAGUCAAAUUAUAAUGAAAAGGUAAUGUAUGUGGAAGGGACUGCAGUGGUUAUGGGUUUUGAAGACCCCAUGCUACAGACAGACGACACUCCUAUUAAACGCUGUCUGCAAACCAAAUGGCCAUACAUUGAGUUACUGUGGACCACAGACCGCUGUCCUUCGCUCAACUGAGUUGCCUGAGUAUUUGUAAGGAAGAUUGUCAAACCAGGUGUUGAAAGGGGGAUUCAUGACUGGCUACAUAAAGCUAAACACUGGUAUUGUUAAUUAACUAUAAAUAACAAUUAAAAACACAUUUUUCAGUGUUUAAGAUACGUUUAAAUUAUUUGUUCUAAAGCUUUAUGUUAAAGGUUAUCCUAUUUUACUCCUUUCUGUGAAAUUUACUAACAAAAUUAAGCUUUAAUUAAAGUUCAUCGCUUCUGCAGUCAGGGAACUGGUUGUUACCAGAUUAUAAACACAAUAUUAUAGCAUUUUUAUAAAUGGAAUCAGUCACAAAAACCUGCCUGGAAUAUCACUUCAUUCAUUUCAUUUUACUGUAUUAUUUUAGCAGCCUCCAUAUCAAAAUGCAGAAGUCAAUUUUUGUUAAUUUUGUUUUUCAUCAGAAAUACUAAUAAAUCACAAAUUAUAGACCCUGGCUAUUUGGUAACUAAUUUAACUAUAGCAUGUUUACCAAAAAAGAAAAUAAAAUAAAAAUUUUUUUAAAAAGGCUACUAUGUGGGAACUUCUAUUUGUUCACAGGUGCACAGGAAUGUGGUUUUUACAACGAUAGGGGAAGAAUCUGUUUGCUUUGUGGGCUUACUAUUCUCACUUUCACUGUAUUGCUAAGUACACUCUCCUGCAAGCCAGCUUUCUUGUAUAUUUAUAAGUGUGGUAAUGCAUGAGAAUCUCUACUGUUACAUUAGCAUAUUGCAUUAUUUAUUAUGGCCCCAGCUAAUACCGUAAAUAAAGACUUUUCUUUAACUACA